CCUCACCAAUAAUGACAAGCACAACGCUCCUCCAGCUCGCGUUCGGCUCUGAGCGCGUCGACAUCAAGCGGCCACAAGAGAUCCCGCGCGAGGUGCGCACCUCCACCGAAGUGUGCAACUACCUCGACGGCGAGAGCACACAUCACAACCGCGUCGCAGUGCUGCACGCCUACGUCGCACACAAGGACCGCACCAAGCUCCGCCCGACCCCCACAUACCUCGACCUCAAGCUCAUCCCCCUCGAGCGCACGUACCCCCAGUACGCUGCUGCGUUUCGCGAGGUGCGGCGCGCUCAUGGGCUGAGGGAGAGCCCGGUGCUGUACCCCGAACAAGAGGGGGAGUGGCUGCCAGCGUACGAGCCUUGA